AUGCACGUCGCUGCCACUAGCUCGGGCGAAGACAUGGACGUCGCAUCUUCCGCCUACGAGAACACUUCUACUACAGACAAUGGCACUGCAUGCUCUGCGUUGUAUUCUAAUAGUGGUAGUUCUGGAGUGGUUGCCGCGGUAGACGGUGGUCAAGAUUCUGAUUCAUCUUUGGUGUAUGAAAAUGCGGCUGAUGGAACUGGUCUGUUUAGCAUACCCACUGUUGCUAAUCAGAACAAAGUCCAAUACAUCAGUGUCGGUAAUUUCGAUACAGAGGAGAUGGGAGAGCGGAGCUUGGACCAGCUGAAUCAUUCUAUUUACAGCUAUAAGACGCGAUACAUGUCAACGUUUCGUGUUGGAAAGGCGUUUAAGUGCCGCUUACACAAAGGUUGUCAUCAACGAAUUAAGUUAAUCUCCCAUCAUGCUGGUGAAGCUGGGAACAAAUUCCAGAUUCUACAGGAAGGAGAACAUGAUGGAACUGUAGUUAAUUUCACAACUAAGGGCAUAUCACCGAUUUUAAAACCCGAAGUGGAUGUUCUGCUAAAGCUCGGUAUGGCCGCAGGUUGGGUGAGGAACAUGCUGCUUUUUAAGUAUUCGAGAGAUCCUACCAUGCUCAAGCUCGUGCCGGAAACGAAGAAAAUGGAAUGCAGGACAAGUUUUUUGAAGCGACUGGCGGCUGAUGGAUGGGAGAUCAGUGAAUUCAUGGCAUUAGAAGAACUGGACAGCGGUAAAGUUAUGUCAAACGGACGGCACAUACAAAAUCCAUUUCGGUGGUUGGACCCUAGUAGACUGCGGAGGAAUCUCUGUGGAUCGACCGGGUACGGGAUAUGUACAGCGAAUUCGCUACAGCACAUGACUGUAUACCGACGGGCUCUCACGCAGAUCAAUCCGCUGAUACCAAAAUCAAAGUGGCGCUUUAAUGAGGUACGCCAUGGUGUUAAACUGUAUUCCAUUCCAAUUUUCUAA